AUGUCAACCACCACGACCCAGAAAAGCCUUCUUCGCGAUAAAUUAAAACGAAAAGCCAAUAGAGGCAUUUCGGCCACCACUCCAUCGGAAAAAUCUGAGAGUCAUCAUGGUGAUGGUCCGAACGAUCGAUCCAAAUCAUCAUCAUCGAAACAACAACACUCGAAUCGUACCACUGCCAACGAUCAACCCAACUAUCAACCUCUCGUAACAAACAAAGACAUUGAAAGAGCCAAUCAAUUACAACAACAAGAACAAGCUCAAAAAUUAGAAUUAGCCAAAAAAGAACAAUUACAACGAAAAGAGAGAAAUGAAUUUUUAUUUAAAAAGGCUAAAAAUCUCUUAAAGACCUAUGAAAAAUCCAAAUACUAUCAAAAAACUUUACAGAUUCAAAAAGAUGCACUCCAAAAAUAUAAAAGAAAAUCCUUAAUUGAUGAAAAGCCUCUUCCAAAGAGAGAAUUAGCCUAUUUCCAAUAUAAAAACAAACUCUCAAACAAGCAAGAAGUAUCUAGAAAUAUCGUUUGGUCCGAUGUAGAUCGUGCCAAAGCAGAAGCAAAUCUUGCUCGAUCCGAUGUAUUAAGAAUUCAUUCUCAAGUUGAACGUGGUAUUGAAUUAGAUCCUGAAAAGGAUAUUUUUACAAAAACAAGUCAACUCUCUCAAAUGGAUCUAUUACAAGGUGUGGAUGAAAAUACAAGAAAGAAAAUUUAUGAUAUUGAAUUAACUCAAUAUUCACCUUAUAAAUUACAAUAUAGUCUGAGUGGUAGGAAAUUAUUAUUGGGUGGAGUGAAAGGACAUGUUGCAUCCUUGGAUUGGAGAAAAUUUGAAAUGAUUCAUGAAAAUGUAUUGAAUGAACCUGUAAAAGCUUUACAAUGGUUAAUGGAUGAUGGAAUGUAUGCAUUGGCACAAUCACCUUAUACCUAUGUCUAUAAUGAACAAGGUGUUGAGAUUCACAUGUGUCGAGAUUUUCAUCGAGUGGAACAUUUGGCAUAUUUACCUUUUCAUUUUUUAUUAGUGGGUGCCACAGGUAAACAAGACAUUGGACAAGUCAUUUAUAAGGACAUUUCAUUAGGUGAAAAUGUGGCACAAAUUAAAUUAUCUUCACCCAUCACGAGUAUGGUUGCCAACCAUUACAAUGGAAUUAUGUGUGUUGGUCAUUUGAAUGGAACACUCUCCAUGGUACAACCACGUGAUUCUGAUUACAAACCUGUAGUGACCAUGUUUUGUCAUGAAAAAGCACCAUUGAAACAUGUGGCAGUAGAUCCAACAGGAAUGUAUAUGAUCACUGCAGCUGCUGAUCAUUCAUGUAAAGUGUGGGACAUUCGAAAUACGUAUCAACCUGUUACUUCCACCUGUUAUCUUCCUCAAACUCUAAAAAGUGGUGAUCAUGUGACCAGUAUUGCCAUCUCUCAAACUGGAAUGCUUGCACUCUCUCUCAAACAUUGUAUUGCUAUUUAUAAGCAUUUCACACAUAUUCAUUCAUUGUUUGGAAAGGAUUUAUAUUUACUUCACAAAUUACCCUCUCAUACCACAGUGUGUGAUUUAUCAUUUUGUCCUUAUGAAGAUUUAUUAGGAGUUGGACAUUCACGUGGAUUCUCUUCUUUAAUGGUACCUGGAUCAGGAUCGACAAGUUUUGAUUCUAAAAUGCCCAAUCCCUAUUUCACCGAUCAACAAGUGAAAGAUUACAAUGUGAGAACCUUGUUAGAAAAGAUACCACACGAAAUGAUUUGUUUGGAUCCUUCCUUAAUUGGUACGAGUGGUUUGAAAGAAACUCAAAAGGGUGUAUUGAGUGGAGGUCAGAGUGGAGGUCAGAGUGGAGGUCAGAGUGGAGGUCAGAGUGGUAUUAAUGUUUGCAGCAGCACUGUGGAGGAGAAAGGGAGCACUACCAUUCAACUCUCUGAUGAAUUGAAACAAGAAUUGAAUCGAGUUGGAUUAACAACAUCGAUGGACAUGAUGAAGAGAAAACGAUCGUUAUUCACUUCAAAAGAUGAAUAUCGUCAAGAACUCUUUGACAAGUAUACUGAAAUGAAGAAUUCCAUACCUCAACAUUGGUAUGAGGAAGGAGAAGAUGCCGAUGCAUUGGAUCGAUUUGCUUCACUUAAAAAAAAGAAAACUCAAAUACGAUGA